AGUUGAUCCAAAAGUAAACAAACACAAAUUUUCAUAACUGACGAAAGGCGCGUUAACAAUUUUUAGGACCAAUUACCAUGUCCAGCGUGAGCCGAGAACAUGCUGCCGAAAUAGAUUCUAAAAUUGGCAUAAUCCGCAGGAAAGUCGCAAACUUUGCCUGCGGUUACACACCGGAAACCAACAGCAGAGUCGAACCGUCUAAGGAGUAUCUUUCGAAGGCAAACAAAGAACUCGAAGAAAUUGAAUCGUCGUGUGUCGAGUUUAUUCAGACAUCAGCUGUGCUCGACGGUCUUAUUCAAGAAGCGGACGAAAUGGCUACCAAAAUCUUUGCGCGCCUUAGCGAAACUUUUGCCGAUUUCGGAUUGGACAUGCCGACCUACGCGGACGAGGACAUACCGGUGGGAAUCCCGCUGGAGAAGCUUGUGCUGCUAGAGGAAGAGGAGGAGGAACUGGAUCAGACAAUAAUCGGGACACCUUCCGAGCUGACCGCAUCCGACGAUAGCGAGGCCAGCGAUGUGGACUUUAAACCAAACAUUUUCAUCACUCGACCUUCGGAUUCCGGCGGACCACCUUCGUGGACACCAAUGAUUAAGACUAAGGUUUGCCGAACUAUUGCGAUGAGUCGUUUGGCGCUUGAAUAAUUUGUACCAGUAUGAAUAAAAUUAGACUAUUAUUCAACCGCGUUCCUUUGUCUUUAUUAGAA